AGCUGCACCGGGUUCGGGACGCCGGCCCGGUCGCCGCCUUCGCGGCACCGCUCCCCGCUUCUCCCCCCUCACCCUACGCAGGCCUGGCUCCGCCACCGCAUAGGCUGACAGGCAGCCCGGCCCGCUCCACGCUACUGCGCCUGUGCCAGGACCCAGCGCCCACCCUUGUGUGCACGGCCCAGUGCGCCUGCGCCGGGUCACGCGCCGCGGCGGGAGCUGCUAUCUGGUCACGUGGGAGCGCACUGCAGCAGCUGAUUGGCUGCAGUGGCGGCGGCGCGAACGUCCCUCGCGCGCACAGAGAUGCGUGUGUGCUGGCUCGUGGGGAAAGAGAAAUGCACUCAGCGAGUGAAACUGCCACACUUGGAAGCUGUGGUAAUUGGGCGUGGUCCAGAGACUGGGAUAACGGAUAAGAAGUGUUCACGGCAGCAAGUUCAGUUAAAAGCCGACUGUAACAAGGGGUAUGUCACAGUUAAACAGAUAGGGGUCAACCCAACUAGUAUUGAUCUUGUGAAUAUUGGUAAGGAUGAAGUGGUGAAAAUGAAGCCAGGCCAAGUUCUGCAUAUUGUGAAUAACCUUUACCCCUACACGGUGCAAUUUGCCGAAGAGUCUGGGAAAACUGCUCCAAAAACAGACGAGAUGCCACAUGAGGAGUCCUGUGAGAAUGAUGAUAUAGAGCUUGUGCCCAGAAAAACAAUGAAGUUGGAGGUGGGGGAUACACAAGGCAGUUCUACAAAUCCCAAGCUAAGCAAUACCAGUGUCUCUACACUUGAAAGAACUUCGAAUGAAAAGGAACAUUUAGGACACUGGAGUCAGGGUCUAAAGAGCUCCAUGCAAGAUCCAAAAAUGCAGGUUUACAAAGACGAAAAGACUGUGGUCAUCAAGGAUAAGUAUCCCAAAGCACGUUACCACUGGCUUAUCUUACCAUGGGACCCCAUUUCAAGCCUGAAGUCAGUCACCAGGGACCACCUUGAACUCUUGGAACAUAUGCAUGCCGUUGGGCAAAAAAUGAUUGAACAGUGCCCUGCCAGAGAGAGCCUGGAGUUCAAACUGGGUUACCAUGCUAUCCCCUCUAUGAGUCAGCUGCAUUUGCAUGUAAUCAGCCAGGAUUUUGAUUCUCCAGCUCUGAAAACCAAAAAGCACUGGAAUUCUUUCACUACAGACUACUUCUUAAACUCUCAAGAUGUGAUAGAGAUGGUAAGAAGCAAGGGAAAAGUGAUGGUGAAAGACCACACCUCUGAACUUCUCAAACUUCCUCUCAGAUGCCAUCGCUGCAAACAACAGCAGUCCACAAUCCCACAGUUAAAGGAACAUCUUAGGAAACAUUGGCCAAAAUGAGUCUGCAAAAAAUCAUCUUCCAGUCUGUCUUCAGAUUUCAAGCCAACACAUAAACCGCAAAAUGUUAACGGGAAUGUAUGUUUAUUAACUGGAAUGAUGUUGCAGUCUGUUCAAGUCGCAGUUUGUUGAGUUUCGGGGUUGCCAGACAGUUCUGUGCCCUUUGUUGAGUCUCAGUCCCGAGGUUCUCCCUAACAGCUGUUUGCUUCCCCGUAACUGUCAGUCAGGUAAUCCCCGACUUUUUUCCGGACGGUUCUCUCUGAACCAUUUUUCAUUUGUCUGUAUAAUUUGUUUUCCCUUCACUAGUUCCCCAUUAGGCCCCAAAACGCUUGUUUACCGUUCGCGCUUCCCCGCCACUGGCCGGAAGUGAGCGUUCGUCCGACCCUUCGGUGUAUAGCCCGCCGCGCCCCGCUCGGGGUGUCUGUCUCCGAUUCAGAGAAUAAACUCUUUGGACAUGAGACUGCAGACUUCCCUUCCUUAACCCGUGCCCUCUGCCUGCGCCGAAGAGAGAUAUCUGAGCCGCAGAACCGAGAACUCAGGGACACCCCGCCCGCAGCUCGGCUCGGGGGAAGUGUACCUCGCCAUAUCGCCCGUGCGGGAAAUCAGAGCUAGCACGGAGGUUCCGGCAUGGGCGGUAGAAUGACAAAAGUAAUGUGGGGAGAAGUAGUCUGGAAACAGCAGCAUACUAACUUAGUAACAGCUUCAUCAAAAACCAAGCCCUCUUUUUCCUCCCUUCUAAAAAUGUAAAGUGACUUCUGAAAUGGAAGCUUUUUGGUUGCAGGUUUAUUGUGAUACAGCCACACUAAUGUAAGUGAACUGAAGUCUGGGUGAAGUGUUUCGUUUGGAUGAAAAGAUUUAAUUCAUAAGCUGAACUGAGCCCAGAUCUAGGUCUCUACUGAGAAAGAAACAAUGGUUUAGAGGUCUUUCUCUUGAUGCUUUCUGCCUACCGCUGAAGUUCCUCCUACUGGUUAAUGUUGCAAGCAUUGGUGUGGCUGACAGAAUGUAUUGUCAGUGGAGAGGAAGGAGCAGCAGCUGAUCAUCCACACUUGGCUGUGCCACUGAAAGCCCUGACAGUUCAGUGCUGCUGAACUGCCCCUCAGCUGUGGAGUGGGCUUUGCCCCUCACCAGGGUGCCAGGACAUCAACUGCUCCGGCUCUAAGUGGGGCAAACAAUCUCUUUUGGGUACCAGGAUGUUUUUAAACAUUUUUAUAUGAAAUACAUGUGUAAUACACAAUUACCAGCUUUACUGCUCCCCAGAGUCACAGAACUAUCAAGGUUUGCAGUUUUUUGUCUGCAUACGUUGAGUUUGGUACAUAAAUUCUGUGGUUUAAUCCUGCCCUGUUUCUCCAAUCAGGAUUUUAGUGGGUCUCUAAUGCUCUGUUGAUUGUUGUCAAGAUGUGAACUUCCAGAAGCAGCAGAACAGUACUAACAAAAAUCUCUUGAGUCCUGAUCUGGUUUGUACAGUUCAACUUCAUCCUAAGCCCAGCUUUGACUUAAGAUGCCCUCUGGGUGAAAUGGCUUUCAGUAUGCAUGCACAGAGCUUUUGCUAUACAAGCAAAGUUGCUCCUAACAAUAACACAUUCUGUGGGGAGAGAGUGUCCUCUUCUUCUGUCCCUCCCAUGCAGCAGCAUGUUGCU